CCCAGGGCGCGCUUCCGCCGGGCGCCGCGCGCGCCGCGGUAAAUGGGAGGCUCGGCCGGCAGGGGCGGGGGCCGCGCAGCCGGGGACUUUCAGGAACUGCAGGAGCGGGCGGCGCGGGAGUAGCCGAGCGCCCAGCGGCUGGGCCUGAGCGUCGAGACUCGGGGCCGAGGCGGAGGAGCGGCCGCCGCGCCGGGGCCCAGCCGGAGCCGCCGCCCUCGCCCUUGCCUUCGCCCGCGCGGCUCAGAAUCACCAUCCGCGGCGCAGGAGACAAGCCGGCCGUCCCGGGCCGGGGGACCCGCCCGCCAUGGCCACCAAGGGUCUUUAAGAUGAAGAGCAUCCCCCAAUGAUUAAGAGAGGCACAAGAUGGAAAUACAGAUUUUAUUACCUGCAGACCCUGGGAGUACACAGCAUGCCUGGAGGUCACACACAGGAUGGUCCGGGAGCUUGAAGGCUCGGGUUAUGUAUGAUUUUGCUGCUGAACCUGGAAAUAAUGAACUGACAGUUAAUGAAGGAGAAAUCAUCACAAUCACAAAUCCGGAUGUAGGUGGAGGAUGGCUGGAAGGAAGAAACAUCAAAGGAGAACGAGGGCUGGUUCCUACGGAUUAUGUUGAAAUUUUACCCAGUGAUGGAAAAGAUCAAUUUUCUUGUGGAAAUUCAGUGGCUGACCAAGCCUUCCUUGAUUCUCUCUCAGCCAGCACAGCUCAGGCCAGUUCGUCGGCUGCCAGCAACAAUCACCAGGUUGGCAGUGGCAGUGACCCGUGGUCAGCCUGGAGUGCCUCCAAAUCCGGGAACUGGGAAAGCUCAGAAGGCUGGGGGGCCCAGCCAGAGGGGACUGGAGCCCAAAGAAACACAAACACUCCCAACAACUGGGACACUGCCUUCGGCCACCCCCAGGCCUACCAAGGACCAGCAACUGGUGAUGAUGAUGACUGGGAUGAAGACUGGGAUGGGCCCAAGUCCUCUUCCUACUUUAAGGAUUCGGAAUCAGCCGAUGCAGGCGGCUCUCAGCGAGGAAACAGUCGUGCCAGCUCCUCAUCCAUGAAAAUUCCCCUUAACAAAUUUCCUGGAUUUGCGAAACCUGGCACGGAACAGUAUUUGUUGGCCAAACAACUAGCAAAACCCAAAGAGAAAAUUCCCAUCAUUGUUGGAGAUUAUGGCCCAAUGUGGGUUUAUCCUACCUCUACAUUUGACUGUGUGGUAGCAGAUCCCAGGAAAGGCUCCAAAAUGUAUGGUCUGAAGAGCUACAUUGAGUAUCAGCUAACACCCACUAACACUAAUCGAUCUGUAAACCACAGGUAUAAGCACUUUGACUGGUUAUAUGAGCGUCUCCUGGUUAAGUUUGGGUCAGCCAUUCCAAUCCCUUCUCUUCCAGACAAACAAGUCACAGGCCGCUUUGAAGAGGAAUUUAUCAAAAUGCGCAUGGAGAGACUUCAGGCCUGGAUGACCAGGAUGUGUCGCCAUCCAGUAAUCUCUGAAAGUGAAGUUUUCCAGCAGUUCCUAAAUUUCCGAGAUGAGAAGGAAUGGAAAACUGGAAAGAGGAAGGCUGAGAAAGAUGAGCUGGCGGGAGUCAUGAUAUUUUCCACCAUGGAGCCAGAGGCACCUGACUUGGACUUAGUAGAAAUAGAGCAGAAGUGUGAGGCUGUGGGGAAGUUCACCAAGGCCAUGGAUGACGGCGUGAAGGAGCUGCUGACGGUGGGGCAGGAGCACUGGAAGCGCUGCACGGGGCCAUUGCCCAAGGAAUAUCAGAAGAUAGGAAAGGCCUUGCAGAGUUUGGCCACAGUGUUCAGUUCUAGCGGCUAUCAAGGUGAAACAGAUCUCAAUGAUGCAAUAACAGAAGCAGGAAAGACUUAUGAAGAAAUUGCCAGUCUCGUGGCAGAACAGCCAAAGAAAGAUCUCCAUUUCCUGAUGGAAUGUAAUCACGAGUAUAAAGGUUUUCUUGGCUGCUUCCCUGACAUCAUUGGCACUCACAAGGGAGCAAUAGAAAAGGUGAAAGAAAGUGACAAACUCGUUGCAACAAGUAAAAUCACCCCACAAGACAAACAGAACAUGGUGAAGAGAGUCAGCACCAUGUCUUACGCGUUGCAAGCUGAGAUGAAUCACUUUCACAGUAAUCGGAUCUAUGAUUACAACAGUGUCAUCCGCCUGUACCUGGAGCAGCAAGUGCAGUUUUACGAAACGAUUGCAGAAAAGCUGAGGCAGGCCCUCAGCCGUUUUCCGGUGAUGUAGGACAGAACGGGCCUUGAAGAGAAUGCUGAGCGCUUUCUCCUGACUUGGGGCAAUGCAAUUCAAAACUUUUUUUCCCCUAUUAUUCAGAAAAAAAAAGAAAACCAAAAAGAAACAGUUGCAAAAAACUGCGUUUAUUUUAUUAGCCACCCUAAACGCAUCAGUUAUUUAGGGAUGGUCUUUUGUUCAUUUCCGCAUCCAUUAUUUAAACCAGUGGAAAUCAUCUCUAUUUUUGGAAAGUACUUAAAAGUUACCAGAAUUUUCAAUGGAGAAUGAGGGGUUUCUCCCCACUGAUAUUUUACACAGAGUCAUAAUUUAUAUGUCUUAUAAAUUAUAUGUCUUAUAUAAUUUAUAAGUCUCCCACAAUCUUCCAGUUCUUACCUGGUGUCAGAUAAUUAAUUACUAAUUACUUUCUUAAAAAUACGAUCUAUGCCAGAAUAAAAAAUAUCUAUGUUUGUAUAUUUUUAUAACUCUUUUCAGUCCUCUGGGGUUCCUAUCAUUGAGGGAAGUCUUUAUGCCUUUCACUGCCACAGUUACGGCUCAAGUGCUUACACUUCAGGAUGGAGGAUGCCGGGGGCCCCCGAGGCUGCCAGCAACAUCAUGGUGUGUGGCAGGUGGGCCAUCCCAUGUCCCUCCAGGGGGACCCCACAGCCUGGCAGAUGAGCAGAUACCCCUGGCCACCCGUGUCCUCAGCGUCAUUUCUGAUGUGUUGCUCUCACGUGAGGACCAGUGCUUUCUCUCUUUGCACUUUCUUCCUAAUCAUGGUUAAGGCAGGUUUUAUGCCAUAAAGAAUACAUUAGAAGAAUUGAGGGACUUUUUAGAGAGUUUUGUGGCUUUGGUCUAACGGGUGAGUGGCUGUGCUCAGGAGGGCCUAGGGGGAGGAGGGCACCACACCCAGCACCCCGGAGCCUCUCGUCCCUUCUUAUUCUUUGGCUGCUCUUCCAACGUGAUGAGAAGGGCUGUUGCAGGGAUGGCACACUGCUUGAUUUGGAUGGCGGGUUCAUGGCCAGUUGGUGUAAUCAGCAAAGAGAAAAAGCACAGUUUAGCACCCCUGCCCUCCCCAUUAGAUGGAAAAGUGUAGGGACUGAGAAGGGUUGCAGCCUGAACAGCGUACAGAAUCCUGAGGACUUUGAGAUUGGAAAGAAAGAACAGACCAGUGCCCUUCCUGACUACAUCCAAAACUUCACACAGGAUGUUUCUGAGCACCAGCACUUCAGUUAAUGGCAUAAAGCAAAACAGGACCUUGGCACACCUACAGCUCUAACUCAACACUGGCAGCCACCGUCUCACUUCUGCGGAGGAGCGCUUCCAUCUCCCACAGGUGCCUUACUGCGUUCCCUCCCACUGCUUUCAUUUUUCUGACCUAAUAAUUAUGGGAAAUGGAAAGUCUGGGCCAGCGUAAAUAAAAUGACACCAAAAAUAAGUAGAUGAGGAAAUCAAAUGAAUAUGAGAACAUCUUGUUCUUUAAUAUCACAGGUUUUUGUUAAUGUUUCAUAAGUAAUUUUCCCCACUUGAUUUUUCUUCUAUAAAAUCCCAUAAAACAAUGUUUAUGCUAUAGCCAUUUAAUAUAUGUACAAAUUGUAAAGAAUAUGUAUAAAUGUUUUACACGAAUGUAAGAGCAUGUAGAAGCCAACAUACAAAUAAAUUGUUUAAAAAAAACUGUACAGUAAAUUCUCAAAGCACUUUUUCAAAACA